AUGUCUUCACAAUCUUCUGCACCACGGAGCUCAUCGGGUUCCACGAGAUCCCAGUCCUCAAGGACUAUGGUGCCUGAUAGACAAAUCUCCCAAAUUGAAAAAAGCGUGACACAUCUCCUCGUGGCAACAAAGCAAUUACUGGAAACAUUGACGCAGUGGUCUCGCAGACAGGCGUCCGAAAAUGAAGUUUCAGAUGUUUAUGUACGGCUAGGCUAUGAGUUCAAUCUUGCCUGUCGCGCUUUCAACGCUAUUGGCGUGGACACCUCGGAUCUUGGUCCUGUUCCGGAUCUUCUCCGCACAAUCCUUGAAGACACCCUAAGCCAGGAUGCCUCUCCGCAAAGUCUUGAUCGUUUCCUCCCUCGAAUUCGCGACAUUAUCAUCAAUCUCCUUCACGGCCUGAAGAAAAAGCAAGCUCGUCUGCGGUCACGACAACAGAGAGAGGAAAGCAGAGCCUUACCUGCUCGACAUGCGAGUGCAGGUAGUGUGGCAAGCAACGCAACCACCCAGGCAUAUGAAGACCUUCCCUCUGUGGCCACAUCCCCCAAACGACCAGGCCGGACCCGAUACGAUAGCAGCGGAUCAUUAGACGAUAAUUCCCAAGCCACGACCCGAACAUCACCAACGUCAUCAGCUGACACCAAGGGCGGGAGUUACUCAGAUCGGGAGGCAUCGAGGCGCGAGGCACAGAACAUACUAUCCCAACCAGCAGCCCAGGACACAGGGAUGACCUCCAAAGGGUCCACGUUAGCAUCUAAUACCUCCGGCUACCCUCCACCACCCCCACCCCCACCAAAACAGGAUGAUGCUAUCGGGGCUUUGCAAAGAAGUGGAGAGCUUGAACGCCGCGCAUCUCGAAGAUUCUCUGCUUAUCAAAUACAAAAGCACCUAGGUGCCUCAAAUGGAGUCCCUGUCCUUCCCACCCAGAAUUCUCCUGUUCCCAAUCGAGGCCGUGACGUCCGAGAAUCCCUGAAUGCCGUGCGUUUACGUGGCUCAUACGCACACGGGCGCCAACGAUCAACCAACCGCCCGCAAGAUAUCGCUAAUACGAAAGCCUCCCAACCGCAGCCGCCUUCAAACGGGCCUUCCUCGGACGAGGAACGCGCAAAAUCCCGCACCGCAGCCCCUACGGAGCCUUCAACAAAUGGUGUCACCUCAAACGAAGGCGAGUUCCAGCAACCCACAAAUGACACAUUAGAUAGUGUUACUGGCAAAGCACCGGUCCUGCCUCGCCCCCCGCAAGAGCCAUCGCUUGCAGAUGCCUUUGAGCCAGUCAAGGAUGCAGGCUCUCGUGCAAACCAGUCGCCAGAAACGCCCAAGUCGGUGCAUCGACAGCCUGCCACGGCCACCUCCACCCCACCUCGGUCGAGGCAAUUCUCCCCCGAACAGCCUUCUCCCGGGAAAGAUCUUACGCUGUUUUUACAGUAUAAAAGUAAGAUUAAGAAGUAUAUACUUCCCGAAGGCCCUUCCGGUCUGGGCAUCGGAAGACUUCAGCUUGCUUUCAUCGAAAAAUUCGCAUGGAACACACACAACAACGGUGUGGAUUUGCCGGAAAUUUACAUACAAGAUCCAAUAUCCGGUGUAAGACACGAAUUAGAGGAUCUGAGCGACGUAAAGGACCGAUCUGUGCUUGUUUUAAAUGUGGAUACUCUCGAUGAGGUUAAGAGGCACUUCGAUGAUGAGUUUGGUGGGGUCCGUCGCUUAAUUGAAGGUGUCAAGGGGGCCUUGGAAGGGCAGGAAAGUAUGAUGCAACGCGUUUCCGACCGCCAACUGGAAGCAGCCAAGGAGAUAGCUCGUCUCGCUGCUGCACCUUCUAUCUCAGUCUCUGGCUCUCCCACACCAGGUAAUUCCCGAAAGAGUCCGAUUUCUGGGAGUCCCAGUCAGGCUGCCGAACUCUCGAGCCUACGACGCGAUCUGGCAGUGCUGCGACAAACAUACUCUAGCUUCUCAGCAGACAUUGCAAGCUCAAUGAAUGCGAUUCGGUCAAAGGCCGAAAGCGUGAAAAGUGCUGCCGCAGAUGCUUCUGUGCCGUCCUUCGAAGGGGAUGCCGGUCGUGCACGAGUCAAUUCUGGAAAGAAGGAUCUUGCGGAGGAGUCCGAGCGACUUGUUGCACGCGUUGAUGACCUUCAAGACCUCAUCGAGGAUUUACGCAAGGAUGUGGUUAGCCGAGGAGUUCGACCUCUUCCACGGCAAUUGGAGACUGUCAGCAAGGAUAUCAGCGCAACCACGAAGGAGAUCAAGAAAAUGCAAGAGUUCCUCAGGAGAGAGAAGCCUGUUUGGACUAAGAUCUGGGAAAAAGAAUUGCAACUUGUUUGUGAAGAGCGUGAUCAACUUACCAUGCAGGAAGACCUCGCGGCUGAUCUGCAAGAUGAUCUGGAAAAGGCUGCUCAAACAUUUGCUCUCGUCGAGCAGGCCACUAAACAGCAAGCCAUGCAAAAUUCUAGCGGCGGCCCUGUCGUUCGAAACACCUCACGGAACAUGGUAAUAGAUCCGGCGGUUGACCCUAUGAAGGCAAAGGACAGUGUUUUAGGCGAAGUGCGUGCCCUUCAACCCAACCACGAAUCCCGCCUAGAGGCCAUUGAGAGGGCGGAAAAGGCUCGACAGAAAGAAUUGGAAAAUCGACGCAUCGGGCUUUUCCAAAAGGAACUGGGUUCUUUUGUGCAGGAAGGGAAGCUGAAGAAGAGUGGCGGCGUUGAGGAAGCUGAACGACUUCGCCGAGCGAAAGACGACCGCAUUCGCAAGGAGGUCUGGGAGAGACAACAAGCCCGAGCAGCCGAGAUGGAAAAAGCAGAAGCAGAAGCAGAGGCAUCUUCAACAGCACAACAGCCCGAAAGCCCUACACCCGCGGAUGAUCCAGAAGAUGCCGAGUCAUCUCAAGGGAAAGCUCCAGGAUUAGGAGGAGAUAAUAAGGACGGCGAAGACAACCCGGAACCUGCCACUGUGGAGGACGGCAAUAGAACAGAUCCGGAAACUCGGUAA